UCUGUGAAAUGGUUCCUUUUCCACCCAGAGAUCUUUGGUUUCUCUUUUUCUUCCCCUGACCAUGAUGAUCUGCAUAUUUCACACAGAUUAUAAUGGACAAUCUGUAAGUUAUAGUAGAGAGAGAAAUACAGACAAUUGGUGGGCAUCUCCAUUAUGCAACAGCAUAAACAUCUCAUGUUCCAAACACAUCUUGUACCCUGUGCUGAGAAUCAGUAGAUGUUUGAACUUCUGAAUGUCCCAGACACCAUAAUACCAUGGACAAUCUAAGGAGUGAAACGCUCACAGAAGGCUCCAUAUGAGGAACCUCAGACAUAAUAUGUGUUCAAACUGGCAUUUGAGAGUGAGUGACAGAUAGACAUUAAGGAGAUAUCAGCCCCAGAUCUGCUCCAGGAAACGCAAACAAUGAGGAGGCAAGAACAACUGUGAAUAUUGUUCCCACAGAGAUGGAAGUGGAUGAUGUUGCUAAGUCUGCUGUUCUUUGCAGGUUCUCUUCAGAGGAAACCAACACCCAGAAGAAAAAGAACAGAUGUGUUUCCUUUCCCAUCUCCAAAUGUUUUCUUAAGUGCCCAUCUCCAGGAUAAAACUCCAUGUGAGCUGCAGUCAGGAGCUCACUGUUUUUCUGCUGUUGAUGUCUGCCCUACAUCACCAACCUGGAUAUUUACAAAGUAUCCCCAGGCUGGUUAGAUGAAUGUCCAUGGUGAGGAACUCACAGUGAUGUGCAGACAAAGUGGGGGAAAGCCUGAAGGAAACCACAUGCUGCAGCUGUGAAGGGGAAGGACCUGCCUUCAGCCCUCCUCAACAGGAAGGGGCCAGUAAGGGAAGGGAAGCACCAGUUCCUCAGGCUGCUGCCUUUGGGCCCACACUGCAUUGAGGAAACAUCAGGCAUAUGUGAGUGGUGUUGGGGGAGGUGACCUUUCUGUGAGAAGUCACUGCUGAGUCUGGAGUCUGUCCAAGUCAAAUUAGUAGAGAGGUGAAUGCCAGCUGCUCUCACUUCCCUUUUCUGUGUGAAUACCGAUCUUUUGAGAAGCUGAUGGGAAAUGCUCAGCCCUAAGGACCCAAACACCCUGUGUGUGUUGUCUAUUCCUAAGCACGGUUGGCGCUUCUGGGAAGAGAUACCAUGAUCUUCACUUCCACAGCCAUGUUCUGUCUGGGACUGACUCUGGGACUCAAGUCUCCAGUGCUGGCAGGAGACCCCUACAGCAAACCUAGAUUGUCAGCCGUGGAGAGCCCUCUUGUGAAUGUAGGAGAGACUGUGACCCUUCAAUGUAUAUCAUGGCAGAGAUAUGAUGGAUUUAUUUUGACCAAGGAAGGAGAGCCCAAGUUCUCCAGAACCCUGGACUCACAGUAUAUUUUCACUGGGCAUUUGCAAGCCAUGUUUCCUGUGGGUCCUAUGACCCUUAGUGACAGGGGGACGUUCAGAUGUUAUGGCUACUACAAAAAAGAUCCACAGAAGUGGUCUAUGCCCAGUGACCCCCUGGAAAUACACAUAUCAGGAGCAUCUGAGAUGAUCAGCUCAUCAAAAGUCAAGAUAGAUGAGUAACAGGAGUUCUUCAUUAAGGGAUGGAUGCAGAGAAUCAAGUUUUCCUUUUCCAGUGAAGUCAGUGGCUGAGGGUGGAAAUCCACUCAUUUGGCAGUGACUUUGGUCUGGCCUGACCUGUUUGUGUACAAUCUCCAGCCUCACAACCCCAGAAUCAUACAGUGGACAACCUCAUCCGGAUGGCUAUGGUUGGCUUGGUCUUCCUAGUGUUUGGGAUUCUGCAAUUCAAGACUUGGUACAGCCACAGACAGAUCUGAUAUGUACCUGGGAGAUGAUCAGAAGAGACAGCAGCAUCCUUCUUGCUGGCAGAUUCUGAGAAAUAGGUCUGCGGAUUCAAAGGGUUUUUGUAAGAAAAUCUGGGGUUUAUGUUUGAAACUGUUUUCAGUAUUGUUCAGGGAGCAAUUGUUUUGGGUUGAAGGAGAGGUCUGGAUGUUGGGGUACAGAGCUUUUCCCUACCAGAUUAAGUUUCUCUUUACUGUGUUGUGAGCUUUUGUUGAGUGAUGCCUCCUCUCUUACUACAUGGCACAGGGAAAAUCAUGUCCUAAAGCCUAGUUUGGUUCUUAACCUCAACCAUCUUCUAAUUUCUCUAACUUUAAUAUAACAUUUUCCUUAAUUAUAUAUCAUCAUACUCCCUAUUCCACUGUGAGAUUCUGUCUUUUCUAAUGAUAACAAGGUGUUUGGCUCAAUAACAGUAACUAUGAGCAUAAAUCAGAUUCUAGAAAGAAAAAGGACUGAACAAAAAAAUCAAAUCCUGAAACUCUCUCUGGAUCAUCAAACCCUGCAGUUUUCACUACAUGGUCAUUGUGUGGUUUCUCCUAAAAUGUAAAGAUAGCCAUCAACACACUGGUGUUUGAAGGAGUUCUCCAGUGGGGUACUGUUGACAUGGCUUUGUAAAUAUCAUUUUCUAAACAUGUUCUGAUAUGUAACAUUUGCUGAUUGCUGUAUAUAAUAUAAUCUCUUCCUGGCCAACUUCAUAAAAGACUUGUAAAUUCAUGUGUGAAAAGUUUGGAAAUGAUCCGUGAUAUUGAUGUACUUUCAAUCAAAUUUAUCUGUCAAUUGCUGCCACAUUCAAAAGCAAUUAACAUGUAAAUAAAUCAACAUUUAAUGUC